AUGAAGUGUUUUUGUUUGGACGAGGUUUUAAUUGCUCCAAAUUCUUCGUUUGAUUAUAAUAAGGUUGAUGAGGAAAAUAUGAAAAGGGAUCUCCGAAUUAUAAGAAAUGAUUAUAAUUACAAUUAUAAUUACAAUUAUAAUUACAAUUAUGAUAAUAUGAAUAUAGAUAAGAUAUUAGAUUGCUUGAAUUAUUAUAAGAAGAAUAUUACGAAUAUAAAUAUAUUAAAUAAUAUUAAAGAUAUAACUAUUAAUUUUAUUAAGAAUAUACAAGAUGAUAUAAGAAAUUAUAUUGAGAAUGAUAAAAAUAAAUGCAUGGAUUAUUGUUUAAAAUGUUUUAUUAUAGAAAAUUUUAAAAUUAUAGGAAGUUAUAAAUAUAAUAUGUAUUUAAAUAAUUAUAUUAAUAUAGAUAUAGGUAUAGAAUAUAAUAAUUUAAAUAUUGAAGAAGCAGAAUAUUAUAAUUAUCAAAACUUUUAUAUAUAUCAUAAUAAAUAUAUUAAUAUACUUAAAACUUUUUUUUAUAAAAAGGAAUUUAUUAAAUAUAUAAAAGAAGCUAACAUCCCAUUUAAUCUAGAUCUUUCUAUAGGUGAAAGAUCUUUUAUAAAUCUAUAUAAAUCUAUAUUAGUAAUAAAUAUUAGUAAACAAAACAAAUAUAUAGGAUCUAUACAUUUAAUUUUAUAUCCAUCAAGUGAGGUACGAGAUUCUAUAUUUAAGGUCUAUAAUGAGUUAUAUAAACGAGGAUUAAAUGAAAAUAUAAUAAGUAAUAACAAUGUUUAUACAUAUAAUAAUAUGAAUGACAAUAUGCAUAAUCAUCAUCAUGAUAUUUUUUAUAAUAACCAAACAACAAAUAAAUUAAAUGAUAUUAUAAUGGAUACCUCCCAUUUAAAUAAUAAAGAGAAAGAAGACACAAAUUAUGUUCAAGAUAUAAUUUUAUUAAAUUUUUUAAUUACAGAGAUAUAUAUCAUCAAGUGUGAUAAUUUAAUUAAUGAAUGUGUAAAGAAAUACAAGAAUAUCAAGAAAGCUAUUAAACUUUUAAAAUUAUGGUGUAUAAAUAAAAAAUUAUUAUAUACACUUCCUACAUAUGAAAAUAAUAAUUAUAUAAAAUUAAAAAAAAAAAAGGAAAGAUAUAAAUUUAAUAAUUUUUUUUAUUAUAAUAAUAUUAAUUCCUUUGAUUUAACACUUUUAUGUGCAUAUGUAUGCUAUACAAAUAAUUUAGAAGAUUCAGAUGCAUUAGAUAUAUUUCAUAAGACCAUUUAUUUUAUAAGUUCAAUAAAUAUAAAUGAAUAUUUUUAUUCAUAUGAUAAGGGUAUAUUUAAAAUAAAUAAUAAAUAUAAUGAAAAAAAUAAAAAAGAAGUAUAUCCAAAUUUAUUUUCUAAUGACAAGAAUAAUAUGAAUAUAUUCCUUUUAAAUUCCAUAUAUGAUAUAUUUAAAAAUAAAAUAUAUACAUUUUUAGAAUUAAUUGAAGAAUCAAAAAAAGCUAUGUAUUAUUUAAAUCAUAAAAAUUAUUUUCAUUUAUUUAUAGAAAAUAAUGAUUGCUUUCCUCUUAAUUAUGAAGAAGAAAUAUUAUUUCCUUUUCUUGGAAAUAAUUAUUUUUUUAAUUAUAAUUUUAUAAUUGGUCAUAUAAAGAAAACAUUAAUAAGAGCAUUGGGAGAUCGAAUUGAUGACAUUACAUUUAGAUUAGUGUCAUAUGAAUUUAUUGACAAAGAAAAGAAAAAAAUAACCACUUUGAAAAAUAAUAAAAAAUAUAUAAAUGGAUAUAAUAAUAAUAAUAUUAAUCAUGUUUAUAAUGAUAAUAAUAAUUAUGUUAAUAAUUAUGAUUAUUUGUUGAAGACCUCUCAGGAUAUACUUAUCAAUAAUAAUAUAAUAACAAACAAAACAAAACAUGGUUUUAUUGAAAACAAAAUGUUUAUAGGGGUAUCCUUUUUUAUAAAAACUAAUAAUAUUAUUAGAUAUAUGGAUAUCUCUAAAUAUUUAUAUAAACCUGAAAAAAUCUCAGCAUUCAAAAAAUUCUGGACUGAUAAAGUUACUAUUAGAAGAUUUGAAAAUAAUACAAUUUUUGAAGUAUUAAUUUGGAAUACACCAGGAGAGCAUAAACAAAAGGGAGAUGUAAAAAAUGUGCAUGCAACAAAUAUAGAUGAAACAAAUAUAGAUGCAACAAAUAUAGAUGCAACGAAUAUAGAUGAAACGAAUGUCAAUUCGUGUGGUUGUGAGCAUUUAAAUAUCAUAGAGGAGAACAAUCAAAGUGACAAAAACAACAACAAUAAUAAUAAUAAUCAUAAUGAUAAUCAUAAUAAUAAUUAUUAUUAUUAUUGUGUGGAAGACAAAAUAAAAAAAAAAAAAAAAAAUCCAAUUAAAUGUCAAGGAACAGAAAAUAAACUUGGCGAGAUAAAAAAUUAUAAUACAUCCAAUUUCAUAUUUGAAAAUUUAUGUAGCGAAUUAGAUGAAGAUAAAAAUAAUUCUAUACAUGUUCAAAUAAUAAAAUAUAUUUUAAAUAAAAUGAAAUUUAAAGAAGAAAAAGAUUUAAAAGAAAGUCUUUAUAAACAAAUAAAAAAGAAUAUAGAUCAAGAUCAUGAUUCUAAUUUUUUUUGUUUUGAAUAUGUAGAAAAUAAAACACCAUAUAUAUUUUUUUCAAACCCAUUAUUUAUUAAAGAUAUAUAUUUUGAUUAUUAUGAAUCCAUAUGGAAUUAUUAUAAUGAAAUAAAAUCUAUACUUUAUAAUAUAAGUGAACCAUUUUUUUCAAUUUGUAAUAUAAAUAGUAGUAAUGAAUUUUUAAAAAUGACAGAUCUAGGUUAUAAAAAAAGAAAAAAAAGUAUACAAAUUAUUGAUAUUAUUAUAGAUAUUAAAUUUAAUUCUAAUAUAUAUAAAAAUGGAAUGCAAUAUUUUAAAAACUAUGAAAUCGUCAAAAAUAUAAUAAAACAUAAGUUAAUAAAUGAAAGUAGUAAUAAUAAUAAUAUAAUAAAUAUUGAACAAAAGAAUUUCUUUAUUGAUAUAACAUUUAAACAAUUUAUAUUUAGAUUACAUAUUUUUACAAGUAAAAUGUUUCAAAAAUAUUUAAUACAAAUUACAGAUAUGGAUAAUAUAAAAAUACAAACAGUAGAUCAUAUAGAUCAAAUUAAAAAUUAUAUUUAUAAACCUUUAAUAUCUUCUUUUAUUUAUUAUUAUAUAAUGAAAUUCUCAUCUUUUCAUAUCUCUUUAAAAAUAUGUAAACUCUGGUGUAUUUCGAAUGGUAUAUAUUGUUAUGAAGAUUUUAUAGAAAACAUCUUAUUUUAUAUAUAUAGACAAGAAUAUAAAAAACAUUGUAAGAUGAAUAAUUUUUAUCAUCAAAAAGGGGUUCAUAUCAAUAAUCAUGGUUUAAUCGAAUUUUUUGACAGAUACAAAUCGUGGGAUCAUACACAUAUAAUGGGUUCUAUAAAAAAAAAGAUGGAGAAAGAAAAAAGAAAUAUUAAUAAUGACAAUAGAUGUGACACAAUUUUUGAUAAUAAUUAUUUUUAUACAUAUCAUAAUGAUGAUUAUGAUGAUGAUCAAAGUGAGGAGGGUCAAUCGAAGGAAGACAAAAAGAAUGGUAGUAGUUAUAAAAAAAUACAAAAUGAAGAUUCAAACAAAAAUAUUAAUAGAAAAAAUAAACCAAAUGAAAAAAAUAUAAAGAAAAAUUCAUCUAUUUUUAAUUUAAACAAAAUAGAAAACGAAGAAGAUAGUUUUUUAGAUAGUUUUUCCUUUUCAUCAAAAAAUAUUUUAAUUAAAUUUUUAAGAUUUAUUAUAAAUUAUGAUUGGAUUAAUAAUCCUUUAAUUAUUGAAUAUGAUGAAUCUGAUAUAAGUGAAGAAUAUAAAGCCAAAUUAAUUAAUUCUUUUAUAACAAGAAAAAAAAAUAAUAAGGAAAAAAAAAAAAAUUUUUGGAUAUGUUCAAUAUAUGAUCCACAUUGUUUGUUGAUAACAUUACCUCAACAAUCUUAUGAUUUCAUAAUGAAUGUGGCAACAAUUACGUUGCAGAGUAUAAAAGAAUUCCAUCGUUAUUAUGACAGAGACAGUUGGAUUUCUUUAUUUUUUAUGAGAAAGAAAAAUUAUGAUAUUAUUUUACAAUUUAAUAAGCCAAAGGAUUCUAUAAACAUAUUGAAGGAAGAAAUGAAAAAGGUUUCAUAUAUAAAAAGACAACAAGAAUGUGUCGACGUUAUAUUAUAUGAUAAUAAUAAUAAUAAUAAUAAUAAUAAUAAUGGUGAUAGUGAUGAUAGUGGUAAUAGUGAUGGUGGUGAUGAUGGUGAUAAUAGUAGCUAUAUGUGUGAUGACCAAUCUGUAGAUAACUCUAUUCUUAAUAUGGAAGAUCAAGAAUUUAGUCUUGAUUAUAUAAAUAAUAUAAAAAAAAAUAAUAAUGUUGAAACAUCAGAUAUGUUAGAUAAUUUAAAAGAAUGUGAAUUAUUACAUGUUUAUAAAAUAUAUUUACAAAAUUUUAUAAAAGAUUUAGAAAAUAAAUUUUCAUCAGAUAUUUCUAUUUUAUAUAAUCCAUUAUGUUUUGAUCAAGUUCUAAAUAUAAAUAAUUUUAAAAAUAAAAUGAAAAAUAAAAUGAAAAAAAAUAUGCAAAAAAAUAUACACAUAUUAAAUUCGUGGACACCAUAUAUUUUUAUAUCAUUAAAUCCACAAUUAAUAAAAAAUUUAGAUAUAUCAUAUAAUGAUAAUAAUGAAUCCAUCAACAAGGAAUAUAUAAAAGAUAUUUAUAAUACAUCUUUAUCAUUGAAUAAUAUUAACUUGUUAUUAUAUUACAUAAAAAAUAAUGUUAAAGAUUUAUUAAAGACAAUUAAAUUUACAACAAUAUAA